AUGGCAUACCUGAUGCAACACAAAGCUCGGCGGCUGGCAUACUACAGCAACAGUAGCCACGCACGGUCCAGCUCACCAGAUAAAGCACCACACGAGACCUCAGUCGGCGGUACGAGACAUAUAGAGCGUAUAGAUGUCAGCGCACCUCUAAAAACCGUCAUCGCUGCACUCGAAGAGGACGGUUGCGUGGUUAUCAACGACUUUGCAGGGACUUCAACGCUCGACAAAGUAAGCCAGGAGUUGAAGUCAUGGCUUGAAGGUCUCAACGACGAGAAGUCGAAAGACCCCUCCGAUGUCCACACUUUCCCUCAUCUUCUCCCAACUUCUACCACGACCCGUGAGACCGUCCUCAGUAACGGGCGCUUACAAGCCGUACUCGAUCAUUUCCUCUCCAUUCAGACCCGCCACUACAUCGGGAGUAUACCUAUAACGAGUACCACGCAACCGACGCUCUCCUCUGCCGCCGCAAUCUCGCUCACGCCAGGCCUGAAGUCUCAGCCAUUACAGCGUCCGGACGCAUCUCAUCAUGCCCGGCACGUCAAAUCAGCCACGUACUCUGUCGGUCGUGAUGUGUCUCUUGCCAUUCUCAUUCCAACAGCAGACACAACCCGCUCAACGGGGGCGCCUCACGUUGUUCCCGGCAGUCAUCUCUGGGGCGAUGGACAACCACUAAUCAACGACGAUAACGCUAUUGGUGUUGAGCUGGAGAAGGGCGAUGCUCUCGUAACGCUGGGAAGCUUAUAUCAGGGUCUAGGAUCGUUUCGAACAGGCGAGAAGCGCGAGCAGAAAGUCUACUUGCUGAUUGACUGUAUUAAUGGAACUUUGAGGCCGGAAGAUGAAGACCUCAUGAAGAUUCCGGACGAUGUGGUAUCAGGGUGGGGAGAUGUUACCAAAAGGAUGCUGGGACGCUGA